AUGGAAUUCGUAUACAAUAAAUUUUUUUUCCUAUUCACAAUUAUUCUCAUUAGCAGCCAAUUAUUAUACAUUUGUACUGGUGAUGCUUCAAUAGAUACAGAUGAAAAUCCUGUUUCUUUAAAUAAACGUUAUCGUUUUGAUAAAAAAGAAAGUUCAACAUCGAAUGAAGAUAUUGAUUUCAAUGAUCAUGAUGACGAUCAUUUAUUACCAAUACAUAAACGAUAUCGUUUUGAUAAACGUUAUCGAUUUGAUAAAAAACAAGUGAAUAAUGAUGGUAUUAACAAACGUUACCGUUUUGAUAAACGUUAUCGAUUUGAUUGA